AUAUUAAAUAGGUACAAUAAUUAUACUCAUUUUCAACUAUUCAGUUAUUAUAAAAGGUUAGAGUAACGAUUGCAUGUGUAAGUAUUACUAAUAAUGGCACAAGAAGACGAUGAAGAGGAUCUUUCGUUUAACGUCGAGGAAGUUCAGAAUAUUGUGAGAGAUAACAUUGAAUUUUGUCUUGGAGGAAACACUUACAGCCAUUCUCGAGUUCCACAAUGGAUAACUGUCAUUACAGAAAAGACGUUGACCAGGCUUAAUAAACUUAACAAACCAUUUAAAUAUAUUAUGAGAAUAACGGUGACACAGAAAAAUGGUUCUGGCUUACACACAGCGGCCGCGUACUUUUGGGAUAUAGCGACGGAUGGAACUUGCACAGUGCGCUGGGAAAAUAAAUACAUGUAUUGCAUUAUAAAUAUAUGGGCGCUCUCUCUACAAAUGUAAUAAAACAUUAUAUAAUAUUUGUCUAUUUAUUGUAAUAAAUUACAACUAUAUUUUUUUA